AUGGCACCAGCAGCUCCACCACCACCCCGCUCGAGCGCUCCAAAGCCAGCCACAGCCACUCGUGACGCCCCUACUCCCCCUCUCACCGCCGUCCUCCCGACCCCUCCGUUGUCACGGCCCGGCACACCGCUCGGCGGACGCCCAGGCAAACCAGCGCCGACUCUGUCUGUCCCUGCGCUGAUGAACGACAUCGGUGUCUUGCUUGCGUCGACGGGCGUGUUGGAGGGCGAGGAGUUCAGGCCGGACCCGCCGGCGGAGGAGGCGUAUGCACCUCGACGGGCGCUCGAGGCGGCCGACGUGCUGGACAGGCUGAGGAAGGGGGAGUUGAGCAGGGACGACCUCGAUAGGAACACGGCUGUGCGGCUGGCGGAGGAAUGGACGGGCGAGAUGGAUCGCUUGUUGAAGAGGGCUGAGGAGGAGGCGGACGUCGCGGCCAAGGGCGUCGCUGGGAAGGACAAGCGUGUCCAGCGAGUGCAGGAGUGGGCGUCAGACGUCAAAAAGGGCCUUGUCGCGGCGUGA